AUGCUAAGAGCGGGCUUCCGCCUGCGCGCCGCCCGCCGCCGACUGGCCCAGCAACAGCGGGGCCUGCUCACGCUUGCUAUCGAGACCUCGUGCGACGACACGUCCGUUGCGGUGCUGGAGACCAGGGACGGCUGCCCGCGAAGAUGGCGCCCCUCUCAUGACGCCGUCUUGCUCUUCCACGAAAAAGUCACGGCGGACAACCUGGAGCACAAAGGCGUGCAUCCAAUUGUCUCACUCGAGUCUCAUCAGGAAAACCUGGCAGCGCUCGUGCAGAGGGCCAUCAAGCAUCUCCCGCAGCAGUCAUGCUUUUCAGAGGACGACGACCGCUCGCCGCCAGUUGUGCAGAAGGCGGCCGCCACGCACGAGCUCGAGUACCGCCAACGCCCAGACUUCAUUUCCGUUACCCGGGGGCCAGGCAUGCGCGCCAAUCUCUUCACGGGCCUGGACACGGCCAAGGGUCUGGCUGUUGCUUGGAACAUCCCCCUCGUCGGCGUGCACCACAUGCACGCCCACGCCCUGACCCCGAGGCUCGUGUCUGCCCUGGGCCAAGAGCGCAACGAGAAGGACAGGCAAAACCUGUCGCACAAAGCCUCCCUCAACAGCCCAUUCAGCUCAUCACCGACGGUAGGGGCGCCUCCUACCGAGCCCGAGUUGCCCUUCCUGUCCGUUCUGAUCUCGGGCGGCCACACGCUGGUCAUUAGCUCCGAGUCGUUGACCAAGCACCGCGUGCUCGGCUCGACGACCGACAGCGCCAUCGGCGACUGUCUGGACAAGGUCGCGCGGUUCAUUGUGCCGCCGCUGCUCCUCGAGAAGUCGGGCGACACCAUGUAUGGCCGCCUGCUCGAGGGCUUCGCCUUUCCCGACGGAAACGCUGUCGAGGACUACGCCUACAUCGCCCCGAAGAACAGGGGUGAAGAGCUCGCCAGGCGGCCUAGUGAAUGGGGAUGGGCAUUCAGCCCGCCGCUCGCCAACUCGCCCUACGGCUUGCGAUCCAUGUCCAUGGACAUGAGCUUCACUGGCCUCCUCACCGCAGUGGAGAGAGUCAUGUCUUUCCAAUGGGAUCGGCAGACCGGCAAGCUGAGCAAGACCCGGCGAGAGCCUGAGGAUGUCGACGAGGAGGAGAGGAGGGUCAUGGCGCAAGACGUCAUGAGGGUGGCGUUUGAGCAUUUGGGGAGCCGCAUUUUGCUCGCUCUUCAGGCCGUCGCGUUGCGGGAUCCGCAGCUGGCAAAGAUCAUGCCGGUUGUCGUCAGCGGUGGUGUGGCGUCAAAUCGAUAUUUGCGACAUGUCAUGAGCAACUUUCUCGCAGCCCGCGGCUUCCCGGAUGUCAAACUCAUCUACCCGCCACCCGAGCUCUGCACCGACAACGCUGCCAUGAUCGCCUGGGCCGGCGUCGAGAUGUUCCGCGCAGGCCACACCACCCCGCUCACCUGCCGCGCCUUGCGCAAGUGGAGUUUGGAGGAGCUGCUGACACCUCCGAACGGAAGUUGA